UUGGAGGAGAUGGAAGUAAUGCGACGUGGAACGAUGUUGCAUACAAGACGAUUAUGGGUGUCAUCAUACUUCAUGAAAGGUCAUUCGAAAUGGGAUAACAUUAAAGACACUAAGCUUGCAGCUAUGAUUAGCAAAACAAGAACAGCUGAACAAUUAAUGGCUAAAAUGAAGCGAAUUGUUCGAGCUGGUGGGCCUGAUCUCAAAUUCAACAAAGAUUUAGUGCAGUUACAGUUAGAGUAUAGGAAUUCAAACUUUUCGGAUGCAGCAUUUCAACGAGCACUCAAGAAUGCGCAACUACAACCAGUGAAAACAGCAAAAAUCACUGUACUCGGACCUUCUGGAUCAAUUUUUAUCAUCGAGUCGGAAGGUUUAUCACAAAAAAAGUUGCUGGAAUUCCUUGCAUCAUCUUUGGAUAAGAUUGGUGAUGGAUUUCAAUUGUCAAAAAACGACUAUAGCAGGAAUUUUGAGGACAAAGGUGUUAUUAUCGUCAGUGCUGUCAAAGCCAAUAAAACAUUAUCAUUAGAUGAGAUGGAAGAAAUUUGUAUAGAAUUGGAUUGCGAUGAUGUAAAUAAAUUUGAAGAAGAUGGAGCAACAUUUUAUGAAUUAAUGUGCGUACGGAGUAAAUAUGCUCAAGUAUUGGCUGUUGUUGAAAAAGAAGGCUUCAAUGUUAAAUGUUCUGCUUUGGAGCCACGCGCCAUCAAUCCGGUUGAAAUAGAAAAACAUGAAACAGAAAAGAUUAUCCAGUUUUAUGAAACGCUUCGGGAAAAUGAAGGUAUCAAUCAUGUUUGCGCCAAUAUCAGGCCAAAUUCUUUACCGAUAAGGCCUCUAAAGUUAAAAGUUGCAGCACAAUAAUUGUUCUGUUUGUGUAUUUAAUACCUGGAUGAAUGAUUCAUUUGCUUUUUGCUGCAGUUCGUAUAAUAACUACGAAUAAAUUCAUUGAUAUCAUGUCUU